AUGGAGAGACGGAUAAACCUUGUCGACCAAGAAACGUAGCAGAUCGCCGUUUCCUUCUCCUUCUCAACUCCUUUCUCCAGAUCGCUGCAUCCUCCAGGAUCCGGCACGUUUUGUCGACGAAGAAAUGGCCGGAGUGGGACCUAUAUCGCAGGACUGGGAGCCGGUGGUGAUCCGCAAGAAGGCCCCCAACGCCGCCGCGAAGAAGGACGAGAAGGCCGUCAACGCCGCCCGCCGCAGCGGCGCCGAGAUCGAGACCCUCAGGAAGUCUACUGCCGGCAGCAAUAAAGCUGCAUCUAGCAGCACAUCGUUGAAUACAAGGAAGCUUGAUGAAGAAACAGAGACUCUUGCUCAUGAACGAGUGCCAUCGGAGCUGAAGAAGAAUAUCAUGAAAGCUCGAAUGGACAAGAAAUUGACCCAAGCUCAGCUUGCACAGCUGAUCAACGAGAAGCCUCAAGUGAUUCAAGAGUAUGAAUCAGGGAAAGCCAUUCCUAAUCAGCAGAUCAUAAUCAAAUUGGAAAGGGUUCUUGGAGCGAAACUGCGAGGUAAAAAGUAAUGCAACAGUUGCCAACUGGUACUAGCCAAACAACCGUGGGAAUUCAGACUGUUAGGAUCGCUUUGCUAUUGUGUUAUGCUGGAUUGAGUUCUUCAGUUCAGGUGAAUGCAAACCAAACGUUAAAGAACAUCGUCAAGGAAUAUGUAUCUUCUAUGUUGUGGUCUCUUGUACUCAUGGAGGUAGACUCCAGACUGUUCUGGUCAUUUGCUCUAUGUUGAGUCUGCAUUUCCUAUAUAUUUCUAGGAGUCCCUCUCUGGAUCAA